AUGAGGCCAGAGAAGUAUCAACCAAAAGUUUCGUGCCGGCAGCACCAGCCUCGAAGACGAACCACAUGGCAGCCGUUAUUGAAGGCGACAGUCGAAGCUGAUCCACGCAAAGCCACACGAGAUAUUGCCAAGGAGCUCAACGUCGAUCACACUACAGUUGUUCGCCAUUUGAAACAAAUUGGUAUGACCAAGAAGCUUGACAAGUGCGUUCCACAUGAAUUGACCGAAAGUCAGAAAAAUCACCGUUUUGAGAUAUCGUCGGCCCAUCUUUUGCGCAAUGAAAACGAUCCAUUUCUCGAACAGAUUUUGGCUUGCGAUGAAAAAUGGAUACUUUAUGAUAACAGUCGACACUCUGUCCAGUUGCUGGACCAAAAAAAAGCUCCACGACAUCACUCAAAGCCGAAAACUCACCAAAAGAAGAUUAUGGUUACGGUUUAG